CCUUUGCAACAGAUAAGGGUUAAGAAUGUUUUUUUUUCUUUUGAAAAUAACAGAAAUCCGAAUUCCCAGAAAUAUAUUUUUAUAUGUAUAAAACAAAUUGGGCAAUUAAGAAAAUGUAUCAAUGAAAAUGAUGAAAAUUAAAUGACUUUUUAAUAAAAUAUUACAAAAAUCCAUAAAACUCCCGAAUUUUGUUUCGUCAGAAUUUUUUUUUGACAGUGCUUAUCAAAAUUUUCGAAAAAAGAAGGAAAAAUGAUAAGAGUCGCCAACUCUUUUAAAACCCCAAUUGCUGGCAUUGUUCGAAGGAGUCAAAGGACAAUGUCUUCAGGACUUACUACUGAAUCAAAAAUUAAAGUGGAGGAUGUGAACAUCAAUUAUGUGAAAGCAGGAAGUGGCCAGAAAGCCAUUCUCUUGAUGCCGGGCGCCCUGGGUUCGGCAAAGACGGACUUUGUGCCACAAAUUGAGGGACUUCCGAAGUUUCUGCCAAACUACACAAUCAUCGGAUGGGAUCCUCCAGGCUAUGGGAAGUCAAUCCCACCACGAAGGAAAUUUAAUGUUGACUUCUUCCACAAUGAUGCAAGAUAUGCUCAUAAAUUGAUGCAAAGCUUAUCAUUUGAGAAGUACUCAAUUGCCGGAUGGAGUGAUGGAGGUAUUACGGGUCUAAUUCAGGCAGCUACGUACCCGGAAGCAGUGGAGAACCUCAUCAUAUGGGGCUCUAACUCCUACAUCCACCCAGAUGAGGUUAAAAUCUUUGAAAAUAUCAGAGAUGUUAGCAAAUGGUCAGAGAGGAUGAGGAAGCCCAUGGAGGAUGUUUAUGGGAAGGAGGAAUUUCCGAAGCUGUGGAGUGAAUGGAUUGAUGCCAUGAUACUGAUAUUCAAGGAAAAGGAUGGAAACAUCUGCAAGGAGCUGUUGAAAAAUGUUUCAUGUCCAACAUUGAUACUUCAUGGGGAAAAGGAUCCAAUGCUAUUGGCAGAACACAUCCCAUUCCUAAUGAAAAACAUCAAAGGAGCUACUUUGCACACUUUCCCGGAUGGAAAGCACAAUAUUCACAUGAAAUAUGCUGAAGAUUUUAACAAGAUUGUCGCUAAAUUCCUUGCAAAAUUGUAAUUUCUUGCAUUAUUCUGUUCAAUUACUGACUCAGAUUCUUUUUGGGAGGUUUUUACCUGUGAUAAUGGUAGAGGAAGUGCCUUAAAGAAUUGAAGACUUGGUGUAGGUGAUUAUCCCUUUAUUAUUUUCAGCAAAAAUUACGAUUUUAUUAUGAUUAAAAAUGUUUUAAGAAA